AUUAAUUUAAAAAUAUGGGUUGUUCAGGCUCUACGAUGAAGACCAAUGAGAGCGUCAAGAAAUUACUAGAGAAGUCAAAGAAGGAGAUCGAUGAGUGCAAUAUUAGAAUAGAUGACUAUCAAAGACAAAUUGAUGAGUACGAGAGAGAUAUCGAUGAUCUUAAAUACAAACCUUAUAAAGGAAGCAGGGAUUCAGGCCACAAAUAUGCUGACUCUAAUGAGAGGUACAACGACAGAAGAUUCCAAAGCUACUCUGGGAGCGGAAUGGACCUUUCUAGCGAUGGUGAGGAUCCUAAGCCUCCUGCUGAAAUCAAUAAUGAUGACUAUGUCAAAGUAAAAAUAGAAGGUCUUGAAACGGAAAUUCAGAAACUAAAGCAAAUGCAAGUACAAGAACAAAAGAAUAUUAAUGAGAUUCAAAGCAAAAUCAACAAUAUUCAAAGAGAGCACAACAUUAGACAGGUAACUAAAGUGAAACAGGAGCUAAACAGACAGGAGAAAUACAUGACACCAACUAAGGGAUAG